AAUUUUUUGACAUGAAAAUUUAAAAAAAUGUCUGAUGACUUCGAUAUAAAAUCUCUUCCUUCUCACUUCGUGUCGGUAUCGAGACCAUCAGAAGUGAUAAAGAAAUUGAAUGAAAAGAGGGAAGAUGAACACGAUACAGCAAUAAAAUCAAUGAGAGAGCAGAUGCAAAUUCUGAAUAUAAAAACUAAUGAAGACAUUAAGAAGAUUUCUGAAAUAUGUAUAGAAAAAUUGAAGAGAAUGAAGCAAGAAGCAGAAGAAUAUCUUUCUGGUAUAAAUGAAAAGUAUAAAACUCUCUCCGAAUCUGAUUUGGAAGAAGAUGUAGUAAACAACACAUUCAACAAAUUGUCUGAAACGAAUGAAAUACAGCUGAAAACUGUGGAUGACCUUCACGAAAAAUUAGUAAGCAUAGAAAAAAAUAGAUCUGAAGAAUUCAAAAAGAUUUUGAAAGUCACGAAAGAGAAAAUACAGACAAUAUCUUAUAGACUUCCUUUCAGAACCGACGAAUUUUUUGAAAACGAACUUGUGGUAGAGAAGUUCCCGUUAGCUUAA